AUGGGAUUUCAUCCACUCAGCAAACUGAUGAUUGUGCCAAUAAUGAGAUCAAGACCCGGAAUUCCCAUAAUUUUGGGGGCCUUUUGUGUCACCGAAGAUAACAUCGGAACUGGACCGAAGAUUUGGGGAUUUCCGAAUUACGAAAUGAAUUCUCUCAGAGCCUCAGAUUUCCAGAGUGAAACUAGUGAUAAAGACAAACAACAAUCAGACAUGAAAAGAAUUAUAUCAGUGUACGAAAUCACCGUAGAUGAAAAGUGUAAUCGUGCAUUCUUCAUGGACUCUGGGAUGUUGCAAUACCAUGAGAAUGAAACAUAUUUUAUAGAAAGACCCGCGUUGUGGGUGAUUGAUCUUCCUUCCAAUGGAUGCGAGAGCCGUGAAUUUUCCAUCAUUCGCCGCACUGAAUUACCUGAGGAUAUUGUUGCAAAACAUUCAGUUCGUGCAAAUGGUUUCCUGUAUUUAAGUCUCGAUUAUCAGUCGGAGAAUGCAUGUGAUGACUUAUUCUUAUAUGUAGCAAAUGCUUUUCACAAUUUUCUGGUAGUUUACGAUUAUAGAAAUGACGAAUUUUGGUCAUUCACCCAUGAAACCUUUUUGCCAGAUGUGUCCGCAUCCAACAUGGUCUACGAUGAACAUUUCCAAUAUGAAAUGGUCGUCGGUAUUAAUUCAAUAGCUCUCGGAUUUCCGGAUGAAAACAGAGACCGAAUAGCUUUUUAUACUCCUCUCUGCGGAUAUAAUCAGUAUUCAGUGUCCACGAAGGUUCUCAAAGAUAAAUCAAAGUCUCCAAAUCACCUCAGCCCGGAAGAUAUAACAUUUGUGGGACAUCGAGGAAAAAAUCGUCAAUCAUCAAAAAUAAUAAUGAACUAUACAUAUGGAGUGAUGUUCUACUCCGAAGUGCAAUCAAAUCAGUUGCGUUGCUGGAACAUUAAGAAGCCACUCACAUCAGAAAAUAUGGGUGUUGUUUUCGAUUCUGACACUUUUGUGUUUAGUGGUCAGAUGUUUAUUGAUUCUGAGGGAUUUCUCUGGUUUCAAUCAACUGCAAUUCCUAUCAUUUUUGGAUCUGAUCAACCUCUGGAUCUCAGCAAAGUCAACAAUCGCUUUUUCCGCAUUAAAGUCUCCGAAGCUAUUCGAGGAACGAUUUGUGAAUAA